AUGGCACAAUCCCUGUUCCAGGUCGCCGCCGCCGAGAUCCAGCACUACGGCGAUCUCCUCCGGCUGAGGAAGCCGAGUGAGGUGGACGGACCAGGGAGGGAUCGCAAGGACUGGGAGCACAAGCUGGUCCUCAUGUUGGUGCUGCUCGUGGCGGCGAUGCCGAUCCUGCUCUGGUGCUCCAGGGGCGAGCCGCUGCUCCUCGUGUGGAGGCUCUCGCUGCUGCUCACCGCCUACUUCUUCCUCUGCGCCAAUGUUCUCUUCGUCACCAAGGCUCUCUUCGCGGUCGUCGUCGACUUCUCCUACGGCGCCCUGCUCGCCUACUUCGCCCACAACGUCUUUGGCCCCCGGAUCGGGAUGGUCCUCGUCCACCUCAACUCGGUCCUCGCCGCCGGCAUGGCCGGCCUCGCCCUCGCCGAGCGCCGCCGGAGCGACGGCACCGAGCGAGCCGCCGACAACGUCCCUGUCUUCAGCGACAAGGAGGAGGAGUACGCGAGCAACUUCGUCAUCUUCUCUGCGUUAAUGAUCAGCCUGGUCUUGACCGUCCCUACCGUGUACAUUGCGUGGGUAUUUUUGUUCCACCUCGCCGACUACACUGUGGACGGGAUCAUCGGCGAUCUCUCCUACGUCAUCAUGUCUUACCUCUUCUUUUGGACUAUCUUCCUCACACAUCAUCUGCUGCGUGGAGCACUCAUCAAUGAGGAUAACCAUUUCUACACCUUCUUGAUCACGGGCUCAGCCGUUGCAGCUUCACCCCUGCUUGUCUCUAUCAUAUUUGAUAGUAAUGUUGCUGCGACGGUGGUUCUCUGGCUUGGAGUCGAGCUGUUGACUGUGUUCUUCGGAUAUUGCCUUGCUGUAUACUCUUUUUAUAAGCACAAGAGGAGCCAACUUAUUGUAUCAACGCCUGACAAGCUUGACGAGCAGAACAAUGUUGAAAGCUUGCAAGAGCUAGCUGAGAGCAAGGAUGCACCAGUUGAUCAGCACACAUCUUCUCCAUCGAGUAUAUCGACAUCACCACCGUUGAUUCACCUGAAGACAGCCUAUCCUUCUAACGGGAGCGCAACAAGAAACUUGCUACUGCCAAUCAGUGUCCACUGAUGUUUAUUUACUAAUCUUAUCCUUUAAGUGCUACUAUAUAUGUCCUUGACGUUAUGUGCUAAUCUUAUCCUUUGUGCACUUGAGUAGCUAAGGCAUUAAUAUUAUGCAGGAGCAGGACAUAUAUGUUGCAUUAUUGUUGAUACCUAUCUAUGCUGACUGCAAUUUGUA